GUGUUUUCUCUCUGUCAGGUGCUUUGGAUGACAACGAGAGCGUGCACAUGAGGAUCCUGCAGACCAUCUACAAGAAGCUCACCCGCUCCUGCCUGGGCUGCCCGCGCUAUGGAGCACACUGGGAAGAACUUGGAUUUCAAGGCACGGAUCCCGGGACAGACCUGCGAGGGACAGGGAUGCUGGCCUUGAUGCAGAUGCUCUUCUUCGUCAUGGACCCUCAGAUGCUGCCUCUGGCUCUGGACAUCUUCAAACUGUCCCAGCACGAAACCCAGGAGUUCCCCUUCGGCAUCAUGUCCGUGAACAUCACCCGCAUCAUCCUGCAGGCCCUGAGGGAGGAGCGGCUCUCCCGGGAAUGCAACCGCCGGCAGCAGGUCAUUGCUGUGCUCAACGACCUCUAUGCAGCCGCCUUCCUGCGGCUCUACCGCGUCUGGAAGCGGGAGCACAAGACCAUCGCCGACUCCUGCUUCCUCCUGAAGGAGCUGGAGUUAUCCACCAAAAGGAAGCCGAAGCAGCUCCUGAAAUCCCUGGAAGCCUUCGUGAGCCACAGCCCCACAGCCGAGGGUCCUGACCCUCCAUCCCCUCCUUCCCCCUCCGGCCGGGAGCUCAGCUUCACCGGCCUGUGCGACCUGGAGGGUGAGCCCCGGCUCGUCUGA